GGAAUCGAAGAUAAUCCCUGGAUACCUAAAAAUGAGUAUAGCACUUGCGAAAAAACAUUCCUCACAUAAGAAGGCCCUUUCCGACGAGGGUAAACUUACCAAUGAUUCGGCACUACUUAAGAAGAAUAUGGCAGUACUUUACGAGAAAUUACUUUUCGGUGUCAAUCAGGUUUCUAUCUCUCAGUUGAACUGGAAAGAACCUCUUGCAAGCCAAGUGAUAAGUGAUGAUUCAGAUCUGGUACGGCAAUUACCAGAUCGUCAAAAAGAACUUUUUAUGAAACUAAAAGAUGAUAUGGUCCCUUCGUCACUUUCACAAAUCAUACGAGAUAAAUGCAAUGAAUUCGUAGAAGACUUUGUCGAUAAAGAUGUGGAUACUUUACCAAGAAAACUUAAGCAUGAUGGAUCAUGGAAAGAACCAGAUGAGAAGCUUACAGAGGUUGCAUCAGGAAUUUUGCAUACUCUUAAUGAUGCAUGGAACAAUCCUGCAUUCAGUCCUGAGUUUGCAAAAUUGCAAAGCGAAGGUACUUACGUGACCAAUAUAGUAGUACCUGCCAUUCGGGCUUCAUUAAAGGAUCUUCCUUUUGGAAAAUCUACCUUUGUCAGCACUGCAGAACUUCAAAGUUCUGCCAGUGCAGAUAGACGAGGUGAAGGACGAGGAAGACGGCCUGAUAUUAUGUUUGUAGUAAAUUGUAGGGAGAAAAAUUAUGAGCUCAUGUAUUCCGAAUGCUCGCGUCUGUUUUGCACGUUACAGAAAGAUAAAGACGAUGAAAUAAAGCUAUGGCGUGAAGCUAACGACGGAAUGUACUGGGCUCACAAAUCAACUAAGCCUGAUCAAGAUGAAUUUGGAAUCAUCGCGAUCCAAGUAGCAGGAUCAAUAAUUCGAUUAAACGUCCUUAUUAGGGAU